ACCGAACAUAAGUUAGUAUAUUGCUACAACUUGGCCCACACGAGGACAUGACACCAGGGCAACUGAAGAGGCUAAUUUGGUAUGUUCAAAUAUCCCAUUCGUGAGCGCCCCUAUAUCUCCUCUCCCAACUCCCCAACUCUCUUUCUCCCUGAAACCCUAGAUCCAUUCCCUCCCUUCUUCUCCCCGCAAAUUUUAUCUUCUUUUUAUUUUAAUUUCACAGAGGCUUUGACACUUUGGCAUCUCAAUCUCUCUCUCGCUCUCAGUUCAAUCUCAAAGGAAGGAUGGGUGAAAUCAGAGACAACGAUGGGUACGAGGAAGAGCUCGUCGACUACGACGAGGAAGAGCAAAACGCCCCCAACUCCGUCUCCGGCAAACCCAAUGGCGAAUCCGUGAAAAAGGGCUAUGUCGGCAUCCAUAGUUCGGGAUUCAGAGACUUCCUGUUGAAACCAGAGCUGCUUCGAGCGAUUGUGGAUUCUGGAUUCGAACAUCCAUCUGAAGUUCAACACGAGUGCAUCCCUCAAGCUAUUUUAGGAAUGGAUGUUCUUUGCCAAGCGAAAUCUGGGAUGGGAAAAACUGCAGUCUUUGUUCUGUCAACUCUUCAGCAAAUAGAACCGGUUGCUGGUCAAGUUGCUGCUCUCAUUCUUUGCCACACAAGAGAAUUGGCUUACCAGAUUUGUCAUGAAUUUGAGAGGUUUAGUACUUACUUGCCGGAGCUAAAAGUUGCCGUCUUCUAUGGAGGUGUAAGUAUUAAGGUUCACAGAGAUUUGCUGAAAAAUGAAUGCCCUCAUAUUGUUGUGGGAACACCUGGGAGAGUGUUGGCUCUGGCGAGAGAUAAAGAGCUUGGACUGAAGAAUGUGAGGCAUUUUAUUCUUGAUGAAUGCGACAAGAUGCUUGAAUCACUUGAUAUGAGGAGAGAUGUGCAGAUGAUCUUCAAGUUGACUCCUCAUGACAAGCAAGUGAUGAUGUUUUCUGCAACACUAAGCAAGGAGAUCCGCCCUGUCUGCAAGAAAUUUAUGCAAGAUCCGAUGGAGAUUUAUGUUGAUGAUGAAGCGAAGUUGACGCUUCAUGGUCUCGUGCAGCAUUACAUCAAAUUGAGCGAAUCUGAGAAGAACCGCAAGCUGACCGACCUUCUAGAUGCAUUGGAUUUCAAUCAAGUUGUUAUUUUUGUAAAAAGUGUGAGCAGAGCAGCUGAGUUGAACAAGUUACUUGCUGACUGUAAUUUCCCCUCUAUCUGCAUUCAUUCUGGAAUGCCACAGGAAGAAAGGUUGAAAAGGUACAAGAAUUUCAAGGAGGGCCUUUCAAGGAUACUUGUGGCAACAGACUUAGUAGGAAGAGGAAUUGACAUUGAACGUGUUAACAUUGUUAUCAACUAUGACAUGCCAGAUUCUGCUGAUACCUACCUACACAGGGUUGGUAGAGCCGGAAGGUUUGGUACUAAAGGGUUGGCAAUAACAUUUGUCUCAUCCUCAGCUGACUCUGAUGUACUUAAUCAGGUCCAGUCAAGGUUUGAAGUGGACAUAAAGGAGCUCCCAGAGCAAAUUGAUACUUCUACAUACAUGCAAGUAUGAUCUACUUUUGAAGGAUGGUGGACUCUGGAUCUUGUGGCUGCUGCUAGUUUUGGUUAAUAGCAGUAAAGGAAUGUAGAAUAUCAUUUUCCUUCCAUCUGCUCUAGAGUAUUAGCAUGAGAAUUUGUAUGCUUAUGAUAUUAAUAACUCCAAAUAUUUUUGCUUUAAAAGUGAUUAUUGUCUUGUUAUCCCUUACAUC